AUGCCCUGUUGACCUAUAAUGAGGAAAUGGAAUUUAGGAUCAUUAAUUGUCUGUCUGUUCCUGACCCACACUCAAGGACAUGAUCCUGAGGACAGUCAAGCUGGUUGUAGCACCACUGCGAACGACUUGGUGUACAUUCUUGAUGGCUCUUCGAGUCUGGGCCUUGAGGACUUCAACACGGCCAAGCGUUGGCUGGUGAACAUCACCAGCAGCUUCGAUGUAAGCUCCAGACAUACUCAGGUGGCUGUCAUCCAGUACAGCGACACACCACGCCUGGAGAUCCCUCUGGGAAAGCACCAGGACACUCAAGAGCUUCUGCAUGACAUCUCUGCCAUCACUUACCUGGGGGGCAAAACCCAGACAGGACGAGCCAUUAAAUUUGCCACCGACCAUGUGUUCUCGGCGCUCAACCACACCACAAAGACCAGCAGGAACCGCAUUGCUGUUGUUCUGACAGAUGGCCGGUCGCAGGAUGACGUGGUCGAUGCUGCAAUCGAGGCCAAAGCCCAGAACAUCGUCCUGUUUGCCGUUGGUGUGGGGAACGAGAUCACCAACGUUGAGCUGGAGUCCCUGGCCAAUAGACCUUCUUCCACUUACGUGCUGCACGUGGAGGACUACACCUCCAUUGGGAAUAUAAGAGAUAUGAUGGAGCAGAAGCUCUGUGAGGAGUCUGUGUGUCCUCUGAGGAUCCCCGGUACUGUGAAUGGACAGAAAGGCUUUGACCUGAUGACUCUAAUGGGGAUUGAGAGAGAGGCCAAAAAGGUCCAAGGAUCCCUCAUAUCAGAGGGUGCUUACCUCCUAAACCCUCGACUGAACUUCACUCGCAACACCAGAGACAUCUUUUCACAAGGCCUUCCUCCAUCGUAUGUGUUUGUGGCCACAUUCCGGUUAAAGAACCCAGCUCAUCGGAUGAAGUUUGACCUCUGGAGGGUGCUCUCUCAAGACGGAGUCAGGCAGGUCGCUGUGACCUUUAACGGUGCCGACAAGUCAGUUAUUUUCACCACUACUGGCUCAAUAAAGAAGGAACAGACCACCAUAUUCAACGAUCGAGGCAUUAAGAGGCUCUUUGACACCGAUUGGCACCAGAUAAAGCUGUUGGUUAGGCCAAAACGGGUCACCUGCUUUGUAGAUGAUGUAUAUGUGGAGGAGCAGCUCUUGGACCCAGCGGUUCCCAUUUACAUAAACGGCAAGACGCAGGUGGCUAAAAAAGUCAACAUAGAAAGCACCGCACCAAUUGUCCUGCAGAAGCUGCGUCUUUACUGCGAUCCUCAGCAGAGCGAGCGAGAGACUGCGUGUGAGAUCUACUCUGUGGAGGAUGACAGGUGUCCUGCUGAUCGUUCUCUUGCUGUGGAGGGCUGUGAGUGCCCUAGUGGUAAACCUGGUCCACCAGGGCUUCCCGGACCCAUGGGCUUUAGGGGAGAAAAGGGGCGAGAAGGACCACCCGGCCCCGAUGGGAAACCAGGAAAGCCGGGACCACUCGGACCACCCGGACAGCCUGGAAGUCAUGGAGAGAAAGGUGAACCAGGUCAACCAGGACAAAAGGGGGAGAGAGGACUGGCUGGUCCCAAAGGCGAUAUGGGAAUGCCAGGGCCUCCGGGACCACCAGGACCAACAGGUCCAGAACUCUCUACAUGGAAUGAUUAUAAUGUUGAAGCAAGCAAGGGAAUUCAGAGACAAACAUGGGACACUGAAGCUCUAGGAAAACCUGGACCGCAGGGGGAACCUGGGAUUCCUGGAAAUGAUGGCCUGCCCGGACUACCUGGACCAAAGGGUGAAAAGGGGAAUCAUGGUGAACCUGGAGCUGAUGGAGGGAACGGGAUGCCUGGUAUCAGAGGUCUUCCAGGUGAAAGAGGGCCUGUUGGACCUCAGGGUGAAAGAGGUUUGUCUGGGCCACAAGGUUCUGCUGGAACAAAAGGACCUCAGGGACCCCCAGGUCCGGUUGGCCCGCCCGGCCUAGAAGGUCCGAUUGGUCCAAAGGGGAACCCCGGGAGUCCAGGGCAGAACGGCCCCCCAGGCAUACCCGGCUCUAAAGGAUCACAGGGUGAACCAGGGAUUCAGGGUCCUCCAGGUGAUAUGGGUCUGCCAGGUUUAAAGGGCCACAAGGGUGAAUCAGGAGAACCUGGUCCAAGAGGAAGUCAGGGUGAGAAAGGCAGUGAAGGAACACCGGGGCUCCCUGGAAAGCCUGGUGAGCCCGGGGUCCGGGGGAAUAAAGGAGAGAAAGGUAUAGCUGGAGAUCCAGGAAUCAGAGGGCCUGAUGGGAAAAAGGGAGAAAUUGGUCCAGUCGGACCAGAAGGGCCUCGAGGUCCAUCAGGCCGUGACGGAUUGCCUGGACAGCCGGGGGUCCCGGGUUACCCAGGAAAACCAGGAAAACCACCUUCAGAAGAACAACUGAUGAAGAUUUGUGCAUCAGUACUGCAGAAUCAGCUGCCACAGCUCCUUCAGGUCAUGUCUCCCCGUGGCUGCCAGCAAUGUGAGACCAUCAAGGGACCUCCAGGUGAUCCAGGCCCACCUGGAUCCCAAGGCUCGACUGGAGCCCCAGGAUAUCCUGGAAGACCUGGAAGUCAGGGAUACCAAGGACCAGCAGGAAUGACGGGACCGGCAGGCCCAAAAGGUGAAACAGGACCAAUGGGCAUGAAAGGUGCCAAAGGAGAGGGUCACACUGGACCGCCAGGUCUGCCAGGCCCACCAGGAUUGCAGGGGACUCGUGGAGAGGAUGGAGAGGGAUAUCAAGGACCCCCGGGGCCUACGGGUAAACCAGGCUCACCAGGCAUCCCGGGUAAACGAGGCCCUCCAGGAGUUGCGGGUGUUUGUGAUCCGUCUACCUGCUACAUGGCCUACGGAGACCAGCAAGGUCACUUCAGCAAAGGGCCCAACUUUUAGUUCACUACCUUCCUCUACUGACUGUGGCUUUUAAGAGGCCUGUACUAUCAUAUGGUGCUUUAUAUAGACUACAUCCAUGCUUCUGAGCCCAAAAGCUGUGUUCUAAAUGACUUGUGUGCAUUGGGUGUACAGAGCUGUUAGAAAGUGUACAAAGCUGGUUCUACUUGCUAUUAACUGGACAUCCUCAUAUGUUACAACUAUACGUCCGCAUGGUGUGAUGCCAAGGUAAACAGCGUGUAUGGUGUAACUAUGAGACACUGUCAUUGUUUUUAAAACUCCAAAUUAUUUAAGCGUAUAUAGAUCUGUCAAAGUACUAUGAAUGGCCAAAAAGUAUGUGGACACCUAAGCAUACGAUUGCUGGACAUCCUGUUACACAAUAAUGGGUAUUAUUAUGUAAUUCUGACACUUUCAAUACCAAGCAGCCUUCAGUCUUUGAUUUUUGAGGCAUAGAUGUUGGACGAAAGGCCUGACUCUCAGUUGACAUUCCAAUUCAUUCCAAACAUGCUCUGUGAAGUUCAGGUCAGGGCUCACAACUGUUAGGAAAUGGUGUGUAGCUAAAACACCUGAACACAUCAUUAGGAUGGGUGUCCACAUGUGUUUGGCCAUAUAGUGACCUAUAGGAUGUAAAUUAGAUCAUCCUACGAAAAAAUGCCCACAUUCUAGACCACCUGAGUAAGUAAAUAAUAAUAUGAUAGUGUAUGAUACAAAGUCACACUGUGCUACCUAAAACAGAGAAGCUAUAGAGAAGCUAACAAAGCUUGUCUGCAUGAAUUUGAUAUCGCAGAUGCAUCCUAGAAUGCAGCAAAAUAUUUUACUUUAUAUACAGACAUAAAAAGCUAACUAUGUUAUUUAGAAUUUAUAUAAAUACAUCAUCAUUUUUUAUACUUUAUUUUAUCACACUUCUUGAGAGUAUUA